AUGAACGUGGACUUGAUGGGCUACGUGGAGCAUAUGUAUAGGGUGGGAAAAUACAAAAACAAUCCGUCGGCCCAAUUACUGAGCAAAAAGAUGGCCAAAUACAUUAUAAACAACGCACAACGUCUAGAUGGAACAAGGCUGUUUAUUUCGGAAUUCUUAGAUGAGAACACACGAAAAGAAAGAUACGAAGGUAUAAGAGAAGAGAUGAAAGAAGCACAAAGAAGAGGCCAACAUGCUAUUAUACGUAACCACCAACUAUUCAUAGAAGGUAGAAAAAUAGAUAGGAAGCUAGACGCUGGAAAUCAAAACUACACUAAAACAUACAAUGCAAAAGAGAAUAAAAAAAUACAGAGCGACAGUAUCGAAACACACAGCUACAUAACAAGUACAAGAGGAAACUCAUUGAACAAUUCCUUUCGUAGAAACAGACCCACAAUGUAA